CCCGCCCGGACUCUGAAUUCCGUAGCACCCAGAGCCAAGAGGACUCUGUUUCUUAGUGGGCUUCCGGACGCGAGGUGCUCCACUGCCGCCUUCCGGCCGGAAUUCCCUAAAACCGCAGCCUCCUGCGGGCCCUCCUUAGCUGCCACCAUGGGGAUCCUGGAGAAGAUCUCGGAGAUCGAGAAGGAGAUCGCUCGGACUCAGAAGAACAAGGCCACUGAGUAUCACCUGGGCCUGCUGAAAGCCAAACUUGCCAAGUAUCGGGCUCAGCUCCUGGAACCAUCUAAAUCAGCUUCAUCUAAGGGAGAGGGCUUCGAUGUGAUGAAAUCAGGUGACGCCCGUGUGGCACUGAUUGGAUUUCCCUCUGUGGGUAAGUCCACCUUCUUGAGCUUAAUGACCUCCACAGCCAGCGAAGCUGCAUCUUAUGAAUUCACAACCCUGACUUGUAUCCCUGGAGUCAUUGAAUACAAAGGAGCCAACAUCCAGUUGCUGGACCUCCCUGGAAUCAUUGAAGGAGCAGCACAAGGAAAAGGCCGUGGCAGGCAGGUUAUUGCUGUGGCGCGCACUGCUGACGUCAUCAUCAUGAUGCUGGACGCCACCAAGGGAGAGGUACAGAGGUCACUGCUGGAAAAGGAACUGGAAUCCGUGGGCAUCCGCCUCAACAAACACAAGCCCAACAUCUACUUCAAGCCCAAGAAAGGUGGUGGCAUCUCCUUCAACUCAACAGUCACACUGACCCAGUGUUCUGAGAAGCUGGUGCAGCUCAUCCUGCAUGAAUACAAGAUCUUUAAUGCUGAAGUGCUUUUCCGAGAAGACUGCUCCCCAGAUGAGUUCAUCGAUGUAAUUGUGGGCAACCGUGUAUACAUGCCCUGCUUGUAUGUGUACAACAAAAUUGACCAGAUCUCGAUGGAGGAGGUCGACCGCCUAGCCCGGAAGCCCAACAGUGUAGUCAUCAGCUGCGGGAUGAAGCUGAACCUGGACUACUUGCUGGAGAUGCUCUGGGAGUACUUGGCCCUGACCUGCAUUUAUACCAAGAAGAGAGGACAGAGACCAGACUUCACAGACGCCAUCAUCCUUCGGAAAGGGGCUUCUGUGGAACAUGUGUGUCAUCGGAUCCACCGGUCGCUGGCCAGCCAGUUCAAAUACGCCCUGGUGUGGGGCACCAGCACCAAGUACAGCCCACAGCGGGUGGGACUGACCCACACCAUGGAGCAUGAGGACGUCAUCCAGAUCGUCAAGAAGUAG